GAAGUGUAAAAGGAAGGGAAGUUGCUUCUCGCUUUGUGUACGUGUUUUGAAAUGUUGCGGCCAGCCUCUUCUUAAAUUACGAACUCUAUCGUGAGAACAUCAAAAAGUCCAGCGACGGCUUCUCUGAUGGGCAGCGGCACGAGUGUGAAUGGAUGUGUUUGCUGAAAACUCGAGAGGGAAGAAGACACCACGCGCCACGAGUCAUGCCUGUGCCAGUGUGAACAAGUACCUGUGCCUGAGCGCGCGUGUGUGUGUGUGCGUGAUCUUAUGGUACAACCAUGGCAAGAGCAGCACUUACUAAACUUCUUCUCCUCGUGAUUCUUGCCUUCAUCAUCUGCCUCCCGGAAUUUUUCACAUUUUACCAAGUAACAAAAGUGAACUUCUUCUGCCUUCCCUACCGACCCUGCGAACAAGGAAAUCAGGUGAAAGAGGGAGAAAAUGGAAAGGCUGGAAAUGAUGACGCUAAGAGAGGCCAUAUGUGUGACCCAUCUCAGACUCCAGAUCAGGAAAAAUGGGAGCAAGCGUGCAUACGAGAAGAUCAAAGCAAUACAACAGAUUCGGCUUCAGACGUCAGGCGAGGCAGAGAUGAUCCAAAAGCGAGGUGGUUCAUGUGUGAGACAGACAUGGAAAUGGCAGAAGUACACAGAAAUAUCUCAACUUCAGCUUACGAGUUACAUCUGGAGGUGUCAGCCGAGCUUCAUCUGCCCAACGCAGAGACCCUGAAUCUCACCUUGUACGGCCGCAGCAAUCACAGUUCCUUACACCUCUACCCACCUGAGGAGGAGGAGGAGGAGGAGGAGGAGGAAAAUAAGGGUGGUGAUGAAGGACAGAGGAAGGCAUUCUACUGCUGUCUCCCUUUCCUGCCCAACUCUGAAUCGCCCAAUCAAAGCCGCUGUCUCCUUUGGUUCGCCAAUCAAACGGUUUGGAAUUCAACAGCAAAGGAAAAGCUGCCAUGGAAACGGACACAGAAAGAUGAGUGGCAGUGUGCGCUCAGAGUGGUCUGGCUGGCUCUGCUGUGUUUGGUGUUGCUGAGUAUAGUAACGAGUGUGAUCGGACAAAUCUACAAGAAAAGGCGUUUGUGCAGGAAGCCGAAGGUGCACCCUGAUGGCUUCAACUUAAUUACUCAGCAAUUAAAUGACGGUGCCAAAGAAACAGAAGUCAGCCCUCCUGAAGCAGGGACAAACCUCCACUUAUACGGGUUUCAUACCUGGUCAAGGCUCUCACCAAUUAAAGAAGUUGACAGUCAAAAUGACAUAUCAAUGUUAAUGGAUGGAGAUGCUGACCACUGCUAUACUGGUUUUCUGCAUCAUCGCAGCCAUCCCUCCGUCAGCUCCAUCAAAGAUGAGCCUGCUCGAUGACAGGCGAGCAGCCGGAGGAAGCUGGAGGAAAACAGCCGCCUCAUUUACCAGCAUUACUAAUGGUGAAAAUAAAGAUAUCUGAACCACC